CAGGCCAAGAUCUCGACCGUGCCGCGUAGCGGCCCGAACCAGCGCCUUCUGAGGGGUUACAGCAAGCCUGUCGAGGAGAAUGACUCCGAUGACUAUGAGAAUCGGGGCUUCGCGACUGAGGAAGAGGAUGACUCGGAGGAACGUACUUUGACAUCGGGGCAAAUCGACAGCCUU